ACUCUGGUGCUGCUGUCUGUUAGAUUCUCCAAAAAAAAGACUCCCAGAUGGUACUGCUGUGGGCUCUCGUGUUGGCUUGGCUGGCUUGCGGCUUCACCACUGUCUGUGAGUCUGAUGUGGGAGGAAAUGCAACUUCUAAAAACGACUGUUACCGAAAAAUCUGUAUGGAUAUGCAUUAUGACAUCUGCGAGGCUGUGUACUGUGAGAAUCAUCUUCGUCUAGGGGCAGGGCGUUCAUGUUGUGGCAAGCAGGCUUUCAACCCUGCAGUAGCCACGUGUUGUAAAGUAACACAUGGAUACAACAUAACAGCUCAUGUUACAGAGGGUCUUAGUGAACAGGUAUCAUCUUGCUGUGGACUGAAGGCCUACAACUCACUCAAUGAAAUAUGCUGCCAGUCAACCAUCGUAGUCAAACCAGCGCCUAAGGCCCAAUGCUGUGGUAAAGAGGCAUUUGAUGAAGAGAAGCAGCUGUGCUGUGGUCCGAAAAAGAAAAUCCUGACAAGGAACUCCAGUGACCACGAGUGCUGUGGAUAUGACCAAUACAACACGAAGACUCAGUGGUGCUGUGUGGGGGAUCGAAUACUUGAGAUACAUCCUAUAAAUUCCAGUAGCUGUAAAGAGGCAUUUGAUGAAGAGAAGCAGCUGUGCUGUGGUCCGAAAAAGAAAAUCCUGACAAGGAACUCCAGUGACCACGAGUGCUGUGGAUAUGACCAAUACAACACGAAGACUCAGUGGUGCUGUGUGGGGGAUCGAAUACUUGAGAUACAUCCUAUAAAUUCCAGUAGCUGUAAAGAGGUUUUUGAUAAAGAGAAGCAUCUGUGCUGUGGUCCAAACAUGACAAUCCUGACAAGGAACUCCAGUGACCACGAGUGCUGUGGAUAUGACCAGUACAACAUGAAGACUCAGUGGUGCUGUGUGGGGGAUCGAAUACUUGAGAUACAUCCUAUAAAUUCCAGUAGCUGUAAAGAGGUUUUUGAUAAAGAGAAGCAUCUGUGCUGUGGUCCAAACAUGACAAUCCUGACAAGGAACUCCAGUGACCACGAGUGCUGUGGAUAUGACCAGUACAACAUGAAGACUCAGUGGUGCUGUGUGGGGGAUCGAAUACUUGAGAUACAUCCUAUAAAUUCCAGUAGCUGUAAAGAGGCAUUUGAUGAAGAGAAGCAGCUGUGCUGUGGUCCGAAAAAGAAAAUCCUGACAAGGAACUCCAGUGACCACGAGUGCUGUGGAUAUGACCAAUACAACACGAAGACUCAGUGGUGCUGUGUGGGGGAUCGAAUACUUGAGAUACAUCCUAUAAAUUCCAGUAGCUGUAAAGAGGUUUUUGAUAAAGAGAAGCAUCUGUGCUGUGGUCCAAACAUGACAAUCCUGACAAGGAACUCCAGUGACCACGAGUGCUGUGGAUAUGACCAGUACAACAUGAAGACUCAGUGGUGCUGUGGGGGAUCGAAUACUUGA